CAUUGGGUGUCACCAGCUGUGAGGGGCUGGUAUAAAAGACAGAGCUGCUAGUUCUCAACCAGAACAGAUAUCAGCAUUUCACAAGUAACAGCGCACACUAAGGAGUUGACAGCGUCUGCCCUUGGUUUUUGUCACUUUUUGAAACCCACAGAGAGAGUGGGAAUUUUAGUUUUCUCUUUUAUUGCGAAUUAGGAAAUUUACCGGUCUAGCUGUAGGCAAAGACAUUUCCACAAUGGACGUUCAGAGGACAGGAACUAUGGUUCGGCCCCCGAGCCCCAUGGAUAGCCUUGAGAAGCAGCUGAGCUGCCCCAUCUGCCUGGACAUGUUCACCAAACCUGUGGUCAUUCUGCCCUGCCAGCACAAUUUGUGCCGUAGUUGUGCCAGUGACCUCUAUGACUCCCGCAACCCGUACCGCUUUUCUGGCGGUGUCUUUCGAUGUCCGACCUGUCGGUUUGAAGUUGUACUUGACCGCCACGGCGUGCAUGGGCUCCAACGCAACCUGUUGGUAGAAAAUAUUAUCGACAUCUAUAAGCAGCAGCAGGAAGGCAGUGGCAGUGGAGGAAACACAGAAACCACCCUGAAGGCCAAAGAAUCCAAAGAACCAAUGUGCCAAGAACACGAAGAUGAGAGAAUCAACAUCUAUUGCGUGACCUGCCAGGUACCCACCUGCUCCAUGUGCAAAGUGUUUGGUCAACACAAGGACUGUGAGGUGGCACCUUUAGCAAGUGUUUAUCAGACCCAGAAAGGUGAACUGAGCAAUGCUAUCGAUACCCUGGUGGCCAGCAACGGGCGCCUGCAGGCUCUGCUCAACCAGAUGGAGGAUGCAUGCCGUGCUGUCCAGGAGAAUGCUCAGCGUGCCAAGCAAGGGUUAGCCGAACGCUUUGACCUGUUAUAUGCUGUCCUUGAAGAGCGCAAGACCAUUCUACUAGAGCAGAUCGGUAAGGAGCAAGAUGAAAAGGUGGCAGCCCUGCGGGCACUGGCUCAACGUUACGGUGAACGACUGCAGACUAGUUCAGAGCUCACAGAUUCGGCUGUGAGGGCGCUGGAGCAGAGUGGCGCUGCUGAGUUUCUGUUAGCCUCCAAGGGCCUUAUUGCGCAGACCAAAGAUGCAGCUAAAUGCUCACUGGGGGAAGAGAGGCCAGAGCCAGGCUUCGAGAAGAUGGACCACUUCACUUUGUCAACAGAGCAUGUUGAAGCAGUCCUGGGAAAAAUGGACUUCGGGGUGUGUGAGGAUGAUGAAUUUGAAGAUGCAGAGGAAGAAGAGGAAGAGGAAUAAUGAAAAUUGAAAGUACAGCUUAUAAUGGACUUGUAGGAAAUAGCGUAAUAUGUGAUUCUGAGGACACUGUUUAUGGCAGGGACUUCGUUUGGUAUUGAAUGGUAUAUAAGGUUACAGUGGAUGUUGGCUAAAAUGGCUUUCCUUUAUUUUAAGUGCAAUAUUUCAUGUCGUAUUCGUACCUUUUCUUAAUUUCUUUUUAUACUUUUGUACUUCUAAAGCAGUGGAGAAAAUGGAAAUGGGAAAAUGGGGUAGAUACGUGUAAAUAUAGACUGAUAGAAGAUGGCACAUCAUUUUCAUCAUAUGCAGCUUAUAAAAAUGGUUGUUUGAGUAGUUCUUCUCAUUUUGUCUAAGUUUGUGUUGAACUGGUGAUCUACCUGUAAUUACCAAGUCUGUCUUUAAUUGAAUCUGGAAUAAAACUGCAUGAAGUUAA